AUGAGCGCUGCAUCUGCCCCAUUCUUCGAACGCACGAACACCUGUCGCACCGAUACGCUACGCCCCAACAUUCAGACCAGCCCGACCUUCAAGCCGUCUCUACCCAUUACGAUUCCCCGUCGCAAAAGCGUCCGUCCACCUCCACGGUCCCCCAUCCGUCACCAGGCCUCGCCUGACUUCGUCUUCAACUUCGACUUCUCUGUUUCACCUUGUUCUUUGCAUGGACGCCAGCAGAUGGUGAUGAACUAUGCCACGCAGCCCUUAUUGCAGCAACGUGGGCACGCGAGUGUUCUGAUUCCACAUGGUCGCCAAAAUUAUGCACGCUGCUCUGUCGACAUAGACGCAGAUCUCGGACUCGAAAAGCGCCCAUACUCUAAUGAGCCGUUCUUGUACUCCGUCCCCAAAAUUUUUCUGUGCCACCAUGGGGCACAUAUGCGCACUCAGUCACCCCCUCAGCCUUGCAGUACUAGCACAGCGCGACAGUCUGACGAUCGCCAGAAAGUCGGCGGUCGUCAAGUUGCUCAUCCGGUUGGGGAGACACAUGUUCCCGCAAAUCCCUUGGUGUCUCCCAUUUCAUCAUCCUUGUCUUCGUCUAUGAAACAGUCUUUGUCUUUGUCUCGUGGUCAAGACAACCUAGUCGCUUGCGGGUUUGCAGAUGGGAAAUCCUAUGGCGAAGUGUCUGACGACGGAAGGCUCAUAUCGGCCUUCCAGCGCAGGGUCGCAUCCGAUUCGACCUCGGCGUCCGACGCGCCGUCAGUGUCAACCCCAUUUGCAUCGCCUGCUUCUUCUCCACCGUCUCCUGUGUCCCCGGCUGUACUGGCCCCUCCCUCUCCCGUCUCUCCACCACCUCGACAUUCGCGAUGGCGUCCCACUGUUCCCACGACGUUCCGUAGGUCCCAGAUGCGCGCACCUAUAGCGCGCACCGCUGCUGCGCCGGUUGUAUCGUUCAAGGUUGCCCAGGCUGAACGCUGCCUGCGGUUGAAAAGUGCGUUUUCUCCGCCCUACGGCGAAGCCGAGAGACGAAGCAGGUCGCCCUUCCCAGGUCUAGGUCUGCGCUCUCGGAGGGGAUCUAGUGUAGCUUCCGAGAGAGGAAUUCGUACUGUCGUCGGCAUCGGAAGAAAUUUGAACGUCACGGACGAUGAGAGGGAGCGACGUGUCUCCGUUGUGCUGAGCAAUGAAGAUCUGGAGCGGUCACUCGAGAAAAUUCUUGAACAGGAGGUAAGUGCUGACGAGAAGGAUUGGGAGAUUGAGAGAGGUCGGACCAGAGGACGAACAUUGACGAGAGGGAAAGUCGCCUUGCGUGAUUGA